AUGGCACGGUCUCUACCCAAGUACUACAAGGCUGCCAUCGUCGAAGGCCCUGGCCUUCCACUUGAGCUUAUCGAGCUGGAACAGAAACAGCCAGGCCCAGGACAAGUGAUGGUAAAGGUACUGCUUGCGGCUGGCCAGUUCGGCACUCACCACUUCCCCUGUGUUCCCGGUCACGAUAUAGUGGGUGAUGUUGUUGCAGUCGAUGAAGGCGUUGCAAGAGUAUUUGUAGGACAACGUGUUGGCGGAGCCUGGCAUGGUGGACACGAUAACACUUGCCGCCAAUAUUAUGCUGGCCUAUUUCAGCUUUGCUGGAACGGCACCGCCAACGGUGUCUCUCAAGAUGGUGGUUAUGGAGACUCUCGUCGCGCCACUUCUAUAUGCUGGCAUCACUGUGUUCAAUGGAAUACACAUGGAUGGGCGCAGAGCCAGGAAGCCUUGUCGCCAUUCAAGGGUCUCGGCGGCCUUGGCCCCCUUGAUGUUCAGGACGCCAGUAAGAUGGGAUAUAAGGUUAUUGUCCUCAGCCCCAGCGCCGACAAGGAGGAUUUUGCCCGUGAGCUUGGCGCUCACGACUUUAUUGACACCAGCGCCAAGGAUGCAGUUAAAUGUUUGCAGCAGCUCGGUGGCGCUUCACUGAUCCUCGUAACUGCACCCAAUCCGAAGGCAAUCAGUCCACUUACAGGCGGACUUCGGGCGGGAGAGAAGCUUUGCGUUCUAGCGCCGGUAGGACCUGUGGAACUCAAUAGCGUGGGUCUCAUCUCGAAGGCCGUGUCAGUGCAUGGAUGGCCUGGUGGACAUGCAGUGGACUGCGAAGAUGCUAUCGAAUUCGCUAGGGAGCAUGAUGUCAGAUGCGUUGUUGAGCGGUUCGGCUUAAAAGAUGUGGAAAAGGCUAUGAAGCACAUGCUGGAUAACACGGUGCGGUUCCGAAGUGUUCUGCUGAUGGACCUGCAGUAG